AUGCCGGCGGAGGCGGGGCAGCAGGCGGACGGUGCGUGUUCCCACGGGAUGAAGCUCAGCUGGGACAUCAACGACCCGCAGAUGCCUCGGGAGCCAGACCACUUCGACCGCUUCUGCGAGUGGCCGGACGGCUACGUGCGCCUCAUCUACCGCAGUGGCGAGAAGAAGGCGCAACGCCAUCUGAGCGGCUGGGCCAUGCGGAACACCAACAACCACAACGGCCACAUCCUCAAGAAGUCGUGCCUGGGCGUGGUGGUGUGUGCGCGGGACUGCACCCUGCCCGACGGCUCCCGUCUGCAGCUGCGGCCUGCCAUCUGCGACAAAGCCAGGCUGAAGCAGCAGAAGAAGGCAUGCCCCAACUGUCAUGCUGCUUUGGAGUUGAUCCCCUGUCGAGGGCACAGCGGGUACCCUGUAACCAACUUUUGGCGGCUUGAUGGCAACGCAAUAUUUUUUCAGGCCAAGGGAGUUCAUGAUCACCCAAGACCAGAGAGUAAAUCAGAGACAGAAGCUCGAAGAAGUGCUAUCAAGAGACAAAUGGCUUCUUUUUACCAACCCCAGAAAAAGAGAAUUCGAGAACCCGAGGCAGGAGAGAAUCAAGAUAACGGUGGCCAUUUCAGCAACAUACCUUCCCUGGAGAACCCAGAGGAGUUUGAUAUAAUUCCUGACACUGGCUUCCCUGUUCCAGGGCAGCCUUGCUUUUUCUUUCCAAACUCGGAUGCUUACAAAGCUACCUGUGACCUAGCUGCCUUUCAAGGAGAUAUAGUACCACCCUUUCAGAAAUAUCCAAACCCAAGAAUCUUUUUGCCUAGGCCACCCUGCAGCUAUGAAUUGGCAGGCCCUGGUUACACAAAUUCAGGCCCGUGUUAUCCCACCCUUUAUAAAGAUGCCAGCAGUAUUCCUGAUGACACAGACUGGGUUCACCUGAAUGCACUGCAAUACAAUAUCAACUCCUGCGGCAGCUUUGAGAGAAGCUUUGAUUUCACCAGUAAACAGCCUGGCUGGAAACCAGCUCUUGGAAAAGCUGACCUUGGGGAGAGCACUGACCAUGGACAGUUCCAGGCCGCGGCCGCUCGCCCUUAUUACAACCCAGAGCUUCCCUCCAGGUACCUCACGACGGCCCCGCCAUCUGCUCCAGCCCUGCAGACAGUAAUCACCACCACCACCAAAGUGUCCUACCAGGCCUACCAGCCCCCUGCUCUGAAAUGCUGGGACAAUGUGCGGGAAGUUACGAGCCUUUCUGGCUGUAACUAUGAUUCUGAAAACACCCAAAUGUCCAUCUGUCUGGAAGACUUGGACCUUCCAGCUACAGUCGCCAUGGCAGCCUCUCCAACAGCAUCACUUCCUUUGAAAAUUCCUGGAGAUUGCCGGACCAUCAGACACACUUUGCCUUUUCCUCAAGACUCAGCACCCUCCUGGACAGACGGAGCAGAGACGUGGGAUGUGUGUCCAUCUGGACCGGGGUCUACAAUUGGUUGUUCAGAGAGAAUCAGUCCGUUCUUUAGCUAUGACCAUGAGGACUUUUGA